AUGCUUCUCCUCCUGUAUAUAAGCGUCCCCAUUCACCCACCUCCUCCCUCCAGUUCACAUCCACCUCAUACUUUCUCUUGCAACAAGUCAGUAAAAGAUUCCGUUUGGAGAGCGAGCGAGAGCUCCGGUGUAAAAUCGAUGGGUCUGGACGUAGGAGAGAUCGGCAUGGGCGCAGAUUUGAGCCUGGAUUUGAAGAUGUUCGCGGCCAAGAGCCUGGGGCGGGUCAGGGAAGCGCCGGCGGCUGCCAUGGACGACUGUAUCCGGAGGCUGGAGGAGGAGAAGAGCAAGAUCGAGGUGUUCCGGCGCGAGCUCCCGCUCUGCGCGCGCCUCCUCGCCGACGUGAUUGAUGUGAUGAAGAAGGAGGUGGAGGAGAAGAAGAGAGGCGGCGAUCGAGGAGAGGACAAGGAGGACGCCGGCGCAGGCGACAAGAGCAACUGGAUGAGCACCGCGCAGCUCUGGACCGGCGAUUCCGUCCGGGGGGACGAUGCUUCCGAGAAGCAGGAUGCGAGGAGGAGGUCGUCGGAGCCGGAAUCUCACGACGGCGCUGCCUUGCCGUUCAAGGCCGUGGGCUCCGGCGCGCCGGCGUUCGCGCCGCCGAGUUUGAGGAAGGAUGACAAGGCUGUGCGGAUGCCGGAUCUGCCGUUUCUGUCCCCGGCACCGACCAAGACCUCCCCGGCUGCUGCUACCGGCGGCGCUGAAGAAAGCCGCCGCCAGCUUGUGGGAUUCGCGCAAGAAGCGGCGAGGGCUGCAGCCGCCCUGGCACCGGCCGCCCCUUCCCUAGGCCUCCAGGCGCAGUCGCAGCAGACAGCCCAGCAGCAGCAGCAAGCGAGGAAGGCGCGGCGGUGCUGGUCGCCGGAGCUGCACCGCCAGUUCGUCACUGCCCUGCACCAACUCGGUGGUCCCCAAGUUGCUACUCCAAAGCAAAUCAGGGAGCUGAUGAAGGUGGAUGGCCUGACCAAUGAUGAAGUGAAGAGCCAUCUCCAGAAAUACCGUCUACACAACCGAAGGGCGCCAGGAUCUCCGGCAGCCAACCGGCCGAUCGUGCUCAUGGGAGGGCUCUGGAUAACUCAGGACCAAAGCAGCUCCCAGUCAGGAGGGUCACCUCCGGGGCCCCUUCACUUCUCAAGCUCAGGCGUAGCUGCCUCAUCGGUGACGGUCAGCGGCGAGGAGGAAGAUGGCAGAUCCGAGAGCUAUGGCUGGAAAUGA